AUGUCAGAGAUAUCAUAUCUAACAAUCAAUAAUGCCCAUAAUGGGAUGUCCAUUAAAAUCACCAAACCAGUUCGAUUUCAUAAUCUACCUGAAUUCAAAAAAUUCCUACAACAAUCUUAUCUGAUUGAUAAUGUCGAUAAUUUAUUUUUAUUGACAUCAUUUGGUAUUAAAUUAAAUUAUAAUUUAAUUAACGAUAUAAAUGAAGUGUUUGUGUAUGAUAAGAGAUUAUUUGCAUCUAAUGUUGACCCUUCUUUAAUCAAUCAUUAUUCCCAAUCAGAAAUUCAAAUUAAUGAACCAAAGAAAUCUUCUUUGGGGAGUAACAGUAACCAUGGACCUUUGAAGCAAAACAUCACAAGCAAUUUGAAAAUCAAUCAAGGUUGGGCAAGAGCUGUAUCUCAGUAUAGUUUAGUCAUGGAGGAAUAUUGUCGACUGUUGAUUAAACAAAUCAAUGUUAUAUUUAAAUCAUUAAAUACAAUAUUUCAAUUUGCUGGUAAUUUUACCAGCAAAUUGAGAAAAAUUUUAAUAACUUCUUCAAUUAUAUAA